CCGAGGGGAGCCCGGGGGGCUCGGGAGGAUGGAGAUUGCCAUGGUGAACCUGCGAGGUCUGUUCGAGCAGCUCACACGCCAGGCCGAGCUCCUGAGUGAAGGAAACGAAUGCCAGUUUAUCCAGUUAGCCAAGAACUUUGAGGAGAACCGGAGGAAAUGGCAGAAACUGGAGCAGGAGCUCUGCAGGUACAAAGAUCUCCUGAUGAAGACGGAAGCUGAGCGCAGUGCCCUGGACGUGAAGCUCAAACACGCCCGCAAUCAGGUGGAUGUGGAGAUCAAACGGAGGCAAAAAGCUGAAAUGGACUGUGAGAAGCUGGAGCGGCAAAUCCAGCUGAUUCGUGAGCUGCUCAUGUGCGAUGCCUCCGGCAGCAUCCAGCUCAGCGAGGAGCAGAAGUCUGUCCUCGCCUUCCUGAACAGGCCACAGCCUUCUGUGGGAGGUGCAGGCAACAAAAGGCUGUCUACAAUAGAUGAAUCUGGCUCAAUUCUGUCAGACAUCAGCUUUGACAAGAGCGAUGACUCACUGGACUGGGAUUCCUCGGUGGUGAAAGCUGUCAGGCUGAAGAGGAGAGAGAAGCGGCGCUCUUCCAGGCAGUUUGCUGAAGGCCCCCCAGCUCCUCAGAAGAAAUCCAGAUCCAUUAGCAACACAGCAGACCAGGCUAAUGAAUCCAUAGUAGCAAAGACCACUGUGAUGGUCCCCAACGAUGGUGGCCCCAUUGAAGCCAUUUCUACCAUCCAGACUGUGCCUUACCCUCGCAGGAGCCGCAGGAAGAGUGGUCCUUUGCAGCCCUGGAGCAGCGAGUCCAGCAUAGGCAGUAAGCAGCUGGAGUCCAAGCAGGACACCGAUGGCUCCAGCACCCCCCAGCACAACGGGGGAGUGAGGCUGCACGACUUUGUUUCAAAGACGGUUAUCAAGCCAGAAUCGUGUGUCCCGUGUGGAAAGAGAGUCAAGUUUGGCAAGAUCUCCCUGAAGUGCAGAGACUGCAGGGUGGUGGCUCACCCCGAGUGCCGGGAGCGCUGCCCCCUGCCCUGCAUCCCCACGCUGACGGGCACGCCGGUGCGCAUCGGGGAGGGCACCUUGAUGGAUUUUGUCCCUUCUACUCCUCCAAUGAUCCCUUCCAUCAUCGUGCACUGUGUUAAUGAGAUUGAGCAACGAGGGCUGCAUGAGACCGGCAUUUACCGCAUCUCUGGCUGUGACAAGACUGUGAGGGAGCUGAAGGAGAAGUUUCUCAGAGCAAAGAGCAUUCCUUUGCUCAGUAAGGUGGAUGAUAUCCACGCCAUCUGUGGCCUUCUCAAGGACUUCCUGCGCAGCCUGAAAGAGCCCCUGCUCACUUUCCGGUUAAACAAGACUUUCAUGGAAGCUGCAGAAAUCCCGGAUGAGGAUAACAGCAUUGCUGCUAUGUACCAAGCAGUUGGAGAACUUCCUCAGGCCAACAGGGACACCUUGGCUUUCCUCAUGGUCCACCUGCAGAGGGUGGCUCAGAGCCCAGACACUAAAAUGGAUAUCUCCAAUUUGGCCAAAGUGUUUGGCCCCACCAUAGUUGCCCAUGCAGUACCAGAUCCUGACCCCAUGACCCUGCUGCAAGACACAAAGCGUCAGCCCAAGGUGGUGGAGCGGCUCCUGCUGCUGCCCAUGGACUACUGGAGCCAGCUGAUGAUGGUGGAGCAGGAGAACAUUGACCCAGCACACGUGAUUGAGAACACCAACGCCUAUUCCACUCCACGGACACCUGAGGUCCAAGUGAGCAUCCUGGGGCCUCUCACCACCCCAGAGCACCAGCUCUCCAAGACACCCUCAUCCAGCUCCCUGUCCCAGAGGGUCCGCUCCACCUUCAGCAAGACCACCCCCAAAUUUGGGAGCAAAACCAAGUCAACAACCCAGUUUGGGCAUCAGGGUAACUUCUUUGCCUCUCCUAUGCUGAAGUGAAGACCUGGGAGUUGGUCUUGUCCUGGCAUUUGCACACCAAUGCUCACAAGUAGAAGAAAUACAGAUUGUCUCCGUGGCCCCUGGCAGCUUAUAUGAAAUAAUGUUUUGCCUUUUAUCUUUCAGCUUAACUGAGACUUUUAAUGGGAUUUUAUAGUGCAAUUUAUUUUUAUUAUCUAAUGCCGUGCUGAAUAUAGUAUUGGUGAAGACAGUAACAAGCAGGAUUUGUUCAGUGCUAAUCAUUAAAAAAACUCUAGA